UGUAAAAGUAUAACGUCCCUGUCUCUGAAACUAAAAAAGCAGCACGCCUUGUGUGUGCAAACGUGAUUUUAGAAAUUACAUUAUUUUGUGUAAAAAGCAAUAAACAUUUAUUAAUUACAUGUGUCAAGCCAGCAGAGCAUUGUGCGCGUUAACUUCUAGCAGUGUUUUAGCGAAUCCAAUAGUUUGCGAUUGCUAAAAGUGAGUUGAAAAUUAUAUAGGCCACAGAGAUUCUUGGAUGCGUCCUACGCAGUUUUGAGCACGAAUUGUAUUUUCAUUUAAUAAAAUAAAAGGUAAGUUCCAAAAAGGUUAAGAGUGGUCUCACAUACACACACACGCCACGUAUAUAAAAAUGUCCGAUGCGAUGAGCGCUCCGCCGCCCCUCAUACCCCAGCUGCAGGAGAUGCAGCAGCAACAACAACAACAACAGCAGCAGCAGCAACAACAGGUAGCCAACGCUGCAGCUGCAGCAGCACAGCAAUGGGGGAACAACUAUGCGUGGUGGCAGCAUCAAGGCAACAACAACAACAAUAAUGGCAACAACAAUAAUGCGGCCGCCUAUCAUCAGCACUAUCAGCAAUACUAUCAAUACUAUAUGCGCUAUCAGCAACAACAACAGCAGCAGGUAACAUCAACCAUCAGUUCAUCGAAUGCGCCGCCACGCUUUAGUAGUGCUGCAUUGGCGGCACCGCCGCCGCUUCCUUCGGCUCCACCACCGCCUCCCCCGCCACCUGCUCAGUCAGGUGGUAAUAAGAAUCAGCAGCAGCAGCAACAACAUCAACAGCAGCUGCAGCAGCAAAAGAAUUUUGGUGGCAUACGUUUCAAUUUGAAUUUGAAUCAAAAGCGUUUGGCAAAUGCACCAAAUCCAUUGCAACAACAGCAGCAGCAACAACAACUUCAACAACAGCAGCAACAUCAGCAGCAAGCGAUGCAACAACUUAAUCUCUAUAACAAUAACAACAAUAAUAGCAAUGCAAAUAAAAAGAAGCGCAAGCGUAACAAUAAAAACAACAAUAACAACCAAAUGAACAAGCAACAGCAGCAAACUGGCUAUGAACAGUCGUCGAAUGUUGUUGGAUAUCCCGGCAUUCCCGUAAAUCCUUUUGCUGCACCGCCAGUGCCGCCGACUCCCGAUCUAAGCAAGCCACCGCCCCCCUUACCUAACUUAGCAACGGGACUUUCACCUUCAGUUGUGCAACAACAGCAGCAGCAGCAACCGUUGUCGUCUCCACCACAAAAGCAACCUCAGCAACAACAACAGCAGCAACAACAACAACAGCAGCAGCAACAGCAACAAUCGUCGAAUGCUUUUAAGCGUCCCAAUAGUUGUUUCCAAAUGGCAUCUAAUGCUUCGUGGCCCGAUUCAUUAAAUCAGUAUGUUGCGCGAUGCUAUUCCAAGUGCACCACGGACUUGGACAAGGAUCAGAUCGAUAUUUGUCUAAAAGGUAAAAUAAUUGCUGCUGCCAAUCGCAACGAGCUCUGGACUCGAGAUUGGGACAAUGAGCCUAUGCCAACGGUGCACAGUGAGCGCGAUGGCAUCGAUGUGGUGUUGAACAAUGCAACGCCACCGCCGCCACAGCGCAGCAACUAUUUUAACAAGAAACAACAGCAGCAACAACAACAACAGCAGCAACAGCCGCAGUCGCAACAAAAUGCUCAGAAGCAAAGUCAAAAGCCGUCAACUGUCAAUCAAUUUAAGCAGAAACCGAACGCUUUUAACAAGUUUUCCAAUGGCAGCGGCUAUGGACAUCAACGUUAUUCUAGGAGCCGAUCGCGUUCGCCAACAUCAUCGACAUCAUCGUCUUCGAAAUACAACAACCGGAAGCAUUAUUCCCGCUCCCGCACACCACGUUCUCGUUCUCCCCGUUCCCGAUCGCGUUCUCGCUCUCGAUCGCGUAGCAGCGGCACAAAUAGUCCCCCGGCACGCAAGAUGCUGCGCAAGACCUGUUCGAAUGAUUCGCUGGGCAGCGAUUUCAUACCGAUCAAUUCGAAUUUGUCGCGUAAACAGCAGAAAAUGCUGAUGAAACGCAACAAGCGCGCAGCUGCACAAGCUGCCGCAGCAGCCUCAACCUCCUCUGGUGGUGGUGGUGUUGGGAGCAAAAAGAAGGCGCCACAUUUCUAUGCGUCGUCGUCGAUUGGCGGCGCCGUUGAUGAUGACACAGCGCGCUUGCAACAGCGUGCGGCACGUUUCUCACAGUCGAGUGGCAGCUCGACUAAGAAAUCUGUCGUCGCAAUUGCAAGCUCACCGUUUGGUCUCACCACGGCCAAGCAUAAGAAGAAAUUGAUGGCAGCAGCGUCGCGUUCAUCGUCUUCGUCGUCAGCCAUGUUCUAUGAGGAUGCUGGUGGUGCAGGAUUAGAUUUACUUGAUUUGCAUAUUGUAGGCACAUGUAGGGAUUUAGAAAAAUCAUUUUUGCGACUGACCAAAGCUCCUUCGCCGUCGGAGGUGCGUCCCGUUGAGGUCCUCACCCACUCGCUGGCCAAUGUAAAAGGCAAAUGGCGAACGAAUCAGGAUUAUCAUUAUGCGUGCGAUCAGUUGAAGUCCAUACGUCAAGAUCUAACAGUCCAAGGUAUACGAGAUAAGUUCACAGUGGAGGUUUAUGAGACGCAUGCACGCAUUGCAAUGGAGAAAGGUGAUCAUGAAGAGUUCAACCAGUGCCAGACGCAGCUAAAGAUGCUUUACUUGGAGCUGGGCAACAGCAGCAAUUCCCUCGAGUUUACCGCUUAUCGUAUCAUCUAUUACAUCUUCACAAAGAAUACCUUGGACAUCACAACUGUCUUGCGUUCGAUUACAACUGAUCAACGCGAGAAUCCUGCCAUAGCACAUGCCCUCAAAUUUCGUUCCGCCUGGUCACUUGGCAACUAUUGUAAAUUGUUUGAUUUGUAUAAGAAGGCGCCGCUCAUGUCGGGUCACAUGAUUGAAUGGUUCCUGGAGCGAGAGCGCAAAGCGGCCCUACGCGUCAUUAUUAAAUCUUAUCGUCCCAACAUUAGCGUCGAGUAUGUCAGAAAUGUGUUGGCCUUUGAGAGCACUGAUAAGUGCAAAGAAUGGCUAGACACCUUCAGUUUACCUUAUGCCGCAGAUGGCGCCCAAAUAGACUGCAAAAAUGCAGCUGCUAUUGCCAUUUGAAACCUCUUCACACAAUGAGUCUGUUUUGGCGUUUUAAUACUUCUGCAAACCACAAAAUCAUUAUGUGGCAUAGCAAGAGAGCAAAGUGACUGCUGCUCACAAAAGACAAUACACAACUAUACAAAAAACCUUCCCUCGAUUUCCGUUGCAACAACGAGCAGAGUUCAGCUCAACCGAGCAGGACGAGCUUCUGACGGUGUCGAUGCGGCUACCUCCUCUCUUUCUUUUUAGGCCCUUCUCCCAAACUCUGUAUAUAUAUUUUACUUAUUCGCGUGCCCCUGCGUAAAAAUUACAAAGUGCUUUCUUACUCUCAUGCCCCUGAAGCCGAAUAACAUUUUCUGAACUAUAUAUGCAUUCUGUCCCUUCUCUUAAAUGUACCUCAGUGCGGUUUCUCUCCUCGUAACUCACUACUCGCCCCUCACGAAACACAUCGAUAGCUGACACACACAUAAUCAAGGACUUGCAAUAACUCACCAGCAUUUUGGAAUAACCAUCACAGUUCUGCGGUGCGUUAAUUCAUUUAAAAAUCAUCAAGUUGCUCACAUGGAUAAUCAAAUCUUGGCGGAAUCAAUGCGACGGUCGUCAUUUCUAUAGGUAACGGUGAAACAACAGCGCUGGAAAUGCUCAAAGUUUUAAUGGAUUCGCAAGGCUGUGGAAUUCAGUAGCUGGAUCGUCAUAUAAAGCAAUCAAUAGCUUCAACGGAUUUAUCAGCAUACGCAAAAGAUUAA